AUGUCGUGGAAACGUACAGAGGCCUUGAUGGAAACUAUCAAGCACUAUUCAAAUUUCCCCGCUACCGGUGUGAGCUUGCGCCAGAUGGUACAGUUUGGAGAACGGCCCUCAGCAGGGACCCUUUUCCGUGCAUCACAGUUCUUAUCCGAGGAAUUGCCGAUUCGCCUUGCUCAUCGCGUGCAAGAGCUUGAGCAUUUGCCGGACGGACUGAACGAGAUGCCAUCCAUAAAGAGGGUACAAAAUUGGUAUGCACAAUCAUUUGAGGAGAUUAUCCGGUUACCUCGGCCGUCUUUGGCUGAAGAUGUGCGGCGGCGACUUCUCAAACCCACAAGGAACAAUGGGCGAGAAGGACGGAUUUUGAGCCAUGCAACCGACAACCCCAGUGUAGAGAAAGGCCAAUAUAGGUCCUCACCGAACCCUGCGGAUGGUGCCUUGAUGGAAAAUGGUAAAAAAGCUUCUAGUCGAAGAUACUAUGCAAUGGUAGAUGACGGCAUGGGAUGGCCGCCGGAAUUGAAUGAUUACAACAAACGCUUUGCACAGACUCUAGAUGUUAUCAAACGCCGCCACGAUGGUGUUGUUACAACAAUUGCGCAGGGCAUCCUCGAGUACAAGCGAAAACGGCAACGCAUGCAGAUUGACAGAAACAUUCAGGCAUUUUUAGAUCGAUUCUACAUGUCUCGAAUUGGUAUCCGUAUGCUCAUUGGACAGCACGUCGCGUUAACGGAGCAAAUGAGCUGUCGCGAGCCAAAUUACGUUGGCAUCAUCUGUACCAAAACCAAUGUGCGGGAACUUGCACAGGAGGCAAUCGAGAAUGCACGAUUUGUCUGUGAGGAUCAUUAUGGACUUUUCGAUGCGCCAAAGGUACAACUCGUCUGCAAGCCCGACCUUAAUUUUAUGUAUGUGCCCGGACACUUGUCACAUAUGCUUUUUGAGACCUUGAAGAACUCGCUGCGAGCGGUGGUAGAAACGCAUGGCCAAGAGAAGGAGGAUUUUCCAGUGAUCAAGCUCAUCGUCGCGGAGGGUAAAGAGGAUAUCACCAUCAAAAUCUCCGAUGAAGGAGGAGGUAUUCCUCGCUCCGCCAUUCCUCUCGUUUGGACAUAUAUGUACACGACCGUGGAGUCAACGCCAAACCUGGACCCCGACUUCGACAAGAGUGAUUUCAAAGCACCCAUGGCCGGGUUUGGGUACGGAUUGCCAAUUAGUAGGCUUUAUGCAAGAUACUUUGGGGGUGAUUUGAAGCUCAUUAGUAUGGAAGGUUAUGGAACAGAUGUAUACCUGCACCUCAAUCGGUUAUCAUCGAGUUCGGAACCUUUGCAAUAG